CGUGCGCACUCACUCCGCAAUGGCCCCAGACUCGUGCACUCUAACAAACACUCGUCUUCAAAUGGAUUAUGAGACCAAGAUUUUCCUUCACAUCGGCGGCUAUGGACGCUACAACCGACUCGUGGUUCUUUUCAGCUGGUUCCCAAACUUUGCGGUCAUGCUGAAUCUAUUCAGCGACGUCUUCUACACCCUGAUCCCGGAGUCGUAUCACUGCAGGACGGACCCGCGGCUGCUGCCGUCCGCUUUCCUCCCCAGCAACUUCUCCAGACAGGGGUACCUGAACCUCACCAUCCCCUGGGUGAACGGCUCCGGGCUCAGCCACUGCGAGUUGUUCAAGUAUCCAGCGAACAGCACGGAGUUUUCCGAGAAGGUGCCCAGGGAGAGGGUGUCCUGCACCGUGGGGUGGGAGUACUCCCAUGUUGCGGGGCUGCACAGCAACUUUGUCACGGAGUGGAACCUGGUUUGCAGCGACUACUGGAAAAUCCCUUUGCAGCAUAUCUGCUUCAUGACAGGAUGGAUUCUGGGAUACAUCCUCCUUGGUACAUUGUGUGACUGGUUUGGUCGUCGGCUAUGCUUCCUCCUCUCCAUCAGUCUGUCCAGUCUGUUAGGGGUGGCCGUGUGUUUGUCCAACAGCGCCGUGGUGUUUCUGCUGCUGCGUCUCUCUCAGGGCGCCAUGCUCGCCGGUGUGUUCGUUUCCUCGUACAUUGCCAGGUUGGAGCUGUGUGACCCUCCUCAUCGUCUCAUGGUUGCCAUGGUCAGCGGCUUCUUCGGCGUGUUCGCGGAGCUGCUGUUGCCGGGCAUUGCUGUCCUGUGCCGCAAUUGGCCCGUUCUCCAGGCUGUGGCCACUUUGCCUCUGCUCCUGCUGCUUUCCUAUUGGUGCUGUGCAUCAGUGUUUCCUGAGUCUCCUCGCUGGCUGCUGGCCACAGUUCAGAUCCCCCAGGUGAAGAGGAGCCUCCAGGAAUUCUCCACCAGGAACGGGGUUUGUCUGCGAGAUGAAAUCUACCCUGGUGAAAACAUGCUGUCAGAAAUAGACUCAGCGUACGGAGAAGACUGUCAGUCGAGAUACUUUACAGUUUUGGAGCUGCGUCGGACUCGUGUUAUCUGGAAGAACUGCCUCAUCCUCAGCUUCACGCUCUUCAUCGGGACGGGCAUCCAGUACUGUUUCACCAGAAACCUGCACAGUUACUCUUCCAACUUCUACUUCAGCUACUUCCUCCGAGUGAUAACUGGAGCUCUGGCCUGCAUCUUCAUCUGUUUGUCGGUCAAUCACUUCGGUCGGCGUGGUAUGCUCCUGCUGUCUGCCAUCAUCACCGGACUGUCAUCACUGCUGCUGCUGGCGCUCACUCAGUAUCUGCGUGGAGGUCUGGUGUUGGUGCUCUCAGUUGUGGGUCUGCUGUUCUCUCAGGCUCUCGCCAUGCUCAGUGUGCUGUUUGCCUGUGAGGUGAUGCCGACUGUGGUUCGAGGUGGUUGCCUCGGCCUGGUGCUGGCAGCAGGUUGUGUUGGCAUGGCCGCCUCCUCCUUGAUGGAGCUGCAGAACAACGGCGGCUACUUCCUCCACCAUGUCAUCUUCGCCUCCUUCGCCGUCCUCUCCGUCCUCUGCAUAAUGCUCCUACCUGAAAGCAAACGCAAGCCGCUCCCAGACUCCCUGAAGGACGGCGAGUGCCAGCGCCGGCCUCCUCUCUUCAUGUCCCGGCCGGACAGGGACAACCUGCCGUUACUGUGCACCCGGCAGCCUUUAUCGGAGUAUAACCCUGAUAACUACUCCCGCUUGGUCUCUGCCACAAGGAGGAUGUUGAGUAAAGAUAACUUGCCUUACAGGAUCGCUGUGCCUCUGCUGUCGGACAGUGAAACACAGGAACAAGACAACGAGGCGCAGAGAGAGGUCGUAUCUUAACUCUGAUAGCAGACCCUCCUCAUCCUCUUUGUACAGACUUGGAUUGCUCCUUCUUUUUCUAGACAUACCUCCACAGACAUCGUCCGCCUUCAAUUAUUGUCUAAGUCACUGGUUGGUCACAACUCACCUGAAGAACUGACCUCAGCUUGGAUGCAGUGCACUUUAGAGCGAUGGCUCCAAGUCUCUUCUUGUUACAUUUGUACUCUUGAAGCUGUUACUGUGCUGUGGCAUUUUCUCAUGUGGAUUCAGGUGAUGCACUGACAAACAGUGGCCUUGUUUAACUAGACUUUUUCGUCGUCCAAAUAUUUGUGAGGGUUAAAAUUGUCCUCCUUUUGAGACUGUUACACUGCAUGUCACGCCUUCUCUCGCGUGGUAAAUAUCCCUGAGAAUGCUCACACUUGACAUAACUUUGGCCAGUGCAGUUGAGGUCACGUUGCCGGUCUGUGUGGAGGUAUUCAAACCAAAUAGUUAGACACUAGUUUCACCAGAGCGUGCAGCUGCUGCAGAUCAUGUGAGCAGCAGUUCUUUGUCCAUUUAUUAGUAACUCAUGCACUUUUCAUUAAGUCUGUCCAUCUGAGUCACCAGCAGUGUCUCAGUGCUGAGAGGAGCCUGAGGACACACAGGACUAGUACACAGUCUUUGUGGAGUUUUGUUAUGCUUGUGAUGCACACAAGAGGGCGCUGAAUGAUGCACUGGAGACUGUGUGUGAUGAAGGAGUCCAAGGAUACUUGUUAAUCUACCUUGUUAUUCCAAAUGCUUCAUUGAGAAGUAACUCCAGAUACCAACCAGAUGAUACUGAAUUCUGUGGCUGAUGAGUUUUUCUGCUCUAUAAACCACUUUGUUACAAACUGUUAUUUAAAGGUGCUACUUUUACAUGACUUUUCUUUUCAGACACUGAAAGUAGCUGAUGAAGUGUAAAUGUACUAAACCACUACAGCUGGCAGACGAAAAGUACAUCCCCUCUCUGUCUUGUGGUAAUUAUGAAAUGUCUUUGAGUUUUCUAAGUAAAAAAAAAAGAGAACUGUGCGGCUGUAAUGCUUCAGAAUUCAACAGGACCAACCUUAAAGGGACAGUUCAUCCCAAAAUAAAAAAUAUUCAAUUAUAUUUUUUCUCUUUUUCGUAGUGCUAUUUAACAAUCUAGAUCAGGGGUGUCAAAUAUACAGCCCGGGGGCCAGAACCUUCCUGCCUAUGGGUCCAAUCUUGCCUUCUAGAUGACUUUGCACACCUAAUGUUGAUGCACAUGUGUAGGCUGAGUGGUUUCAGGAGCAGUUUGAACAAUGAGUAGAUACUUCAUGUAAAAUAGCCUCAGGGGCGUUUCCACUCUGACCAGAAUGCUGCUCUCUGAAAUAACAAUGAAUGCUUUCUAUAGUCAGAUUUAAAGAUAUUGAACAUUGUGCAAAAUAUUGUCGACCAGCAGCUUUGGUACAAAAGAAUCUGUCUCAGACUUCUGUCUUAAAAACUAUAUGGGUGGAACCCUGCUGCUGAGGAACUGACAAAACUUCAGAUUGUACAUUGUUGGUAAGGCAGUGUGGGAAAACUAAGACAUACUGUUGGAUUUACACAUAUUUUUCUCUCUUCUUUGUUUUGUAAAUGGAUGAGCGUUUUCAGAAUGAAAGAAAAAUUUGAAGGGGUUAUUAUUUAUAGGUUAUUAUGCAGUGGUUUCAGUGGUCCGGCCCACUUGAGAUCAAAUCCGGCCGUAUGUGGCCACAGAACUAAAAUGAGUUUGACACCUCUGAUCUAGAUAGUUUCGGUGUGAGUUGCUGAGCAUAGAGAUGUCUGCCUUCUCUUGAAUAUAAUGGAACUAGAUGGCACUCUGC